AUGUUUUUCGAUUAUAUGAUGACCGGAUUUAAAAGCAAACCUGCAAAUGAUGAUGAAAUGAUCAUCCUAAAUGGCAAAUAUUCGAAUAAAUCUAUACGAUUUCCAUAUAAACCUUUUUAUGGAUUAGACAGAACUCUUAAUUGUUCGCAAUCGAUUUAUUCAAAUUUUGAUCAUUGUGAAAUCCAGGCUCAACUUGAAUGGGACAUACGAAUCAAUGGUUAUUUUUAUAGUAAUCAACAAUUCUGCUGUUUUAUAUGGACGGCAUUGGAUUGCGAAACAAAAGUGGCAAAUGUUUGUAAUGAACGAUUUAGUAAAUUAAUCAAAGAUAAUACCAUUGAAUGGUUUGGAAAAUUUUGUCAUCAAUUUAAUCAUUCAAGUUGGUUUUGUUGGUGGACACCAAAAAAUCGUGUAUAUGUAACCAUUGCGCUUAUAAUUAUCACUAUUAUCACCGCUAUUUGCGUAACUUUUUGCAAUCGUUUUCCAUCUAAUAAAAAACCGCCAACAUUCAAAAUUAAAGGUAAAAAUUUAGCAAGUAAAAAUGAAAAUAAAUCAAUCAUCCAUAAGAACAUUGACAAAAACAUUACAACAACAGAAACAAAACUACCAUCAAAACUAUCACCAACAAAACUACCAUGGAAAACAUCUGUUAUUAAAAAUGAAAUCGAACAACAAAAAUAUGAUUAUGUUAGUCAAUAUCUUGGAAUCGAUCCAGAUUUAGAUAGUAUUCAUUCAUUUCCAGAUAUUGAUACACAAUUCAUAUCCUCAUCAACAAAUUUAUCGGAAUUACAAGGACCAAGUUGGAGAAUUUUCAGAACAAAAACACCACCGAUUAUGUCUGGUGAAACAACAAAUAUCAUUGCACAAAAUCCAAUUAUUAAUAACAUAUUACAAUUAUAAAAAACCAUAACGGUUAAUU